AUGGCUGAAACCUUAAGAAGGCUGGAGAGGACAGAAAUGCAGAUGUGGAGAAGAAUAGUGGGAGUAUCCUUGAUGAAUGGUUUAAGUAAUGAAGAUUUAGGAAUAGAGGAGUUGAAAAGUGGUAUAACCAAGCUCACCUGGGAAGAAGUGUUUUCAAAAGACAUGAGGGCAUUGGGCCAGAAACCGAAACUGACCCAGAAUAGAGAAGAAUGGAAAAGACGGUUAAAUGUCUUGAUAUCCGCUCUGAACUUCGUAAGUGAUGGAGAAAUAGUCAGAGAAGUAGGUAGAGUGUUCCAGAAAAAAGGGCCAAAAAAAGCAAAAGCAGAUUUAGCAAAAGAGUGUUUAACACGAGUUAAGAAGAAGCGAGAACAAGAAGACGAUCGUAGACGUAAAUCCUAA